AUGGCUGACAAAUCAAAUUUGCUAAACGUUCUGCUAGUUGCUGCGAUAGACUUUGGGACAACAUUUAGUGGGUAUGCCUUCUCAUGUCUGAACGAUGAAAAAAAAGAUGUACCGAUUUAUCUCAACAAAAAUUGGGGCCAGAACCUUGGCUUUCAGUCAUAUAAAGCCCCCACUAGUGUUCUCCUCGGCCCUAACAGGGAAUUCGUCGCAUUCGGAUUUGAGGCGGUGGAAAGGUACGCCGUCCUGACGGAAAAUGAAAAGGACAAGUCCCACUACUUUUUCGAGAACUUCAAGAUGAAACUACAUGCUAGCCACGGGGAAAUUAAAAAGGACAUCCCCCUCACGGCUACAAAUGGGAUGACGUUGCCUGCAUUGGAAGUCUUCGCCCAUGCUCUGAAAUUCCUCAGCAAUCACCUGCGAAACGCGGUAAAGGUAUCUUCUGGCCUCGUCACCAAGGCAGAAAACAUCAGAUGGGUCAUCACUGUCCCCGCUAUAUGGAACGAUGCUGCCAAACACUUCAUGAGGGAAGCAGCAUAUAAGGCGGGCAUUGUUUCCAGGAACUAUAAAAAUCACCUACUCGUUGCGUUGGAGCCUGAAGCGGCCUCUCUGUUCUGCCGACAACUGCCCGUUUCCCACUUCAGAGGAAACACGUCGUGCCCAACAUCACUCCAGAUGGACCCACAAGACCGUUACAUGGUCGUCGACUGUGGAGGGGGCACCGUGGACGUGACAGUGCACGAAAUACGGGAUGACGGGUCUGUGAGAGAACUACAUCGUCCAACAGGCGGUCCGUGGGGUGGCACUAAUGUAGACUCGAAUUUUAACGAUCUUUUAGACCGCAUAUUUGGCCAAGAAUUCAUAAAACACUACAGGAAUAAGUAUCCACAAGAAAACGUCCAACUCAUGGCAGAGUUUGAAAUGAGGAAAAGGUCGGCUACUGAUGCAAAUGUCCACCUCAAUUACGGCUUUGUUUCUUUUCUUAAGAACACGUCACCCCAAAACAUUGCUGACAUAGUAUCAAGUGCCAACGUAGAAGGAGUUAGGUUUUCGAGUGGUGUACUCCGAAUGUCUAAAGAAGUCGUGCAGAGUUUGUUUCAACCUGUCCUGGCACAAAUAGUGUCCCACAUUCAAUCACUUCUGGCCAAUCCUAAGUUGAGCAACAUCAAAACCAUUUUUCUGGUGGGUGGUUUUAGUGAUUCACCAUUGUUGGUAAAGGCUAUCACGGAUGCGGUUUCAAGUAGUGAAGUUCGAGUCUUAGUCCCUGAAGAGGCAAGUCUAGCUGUUAUCAAGGGGGCAGUUUUGUUCGGACGAAAUCCGGACGCCAUUCAGGAAAGGGUAAGUCCUCGCACCUACGGGGUCAGGUCCACGACAGAGUUCAAAGAGGGGGUCCAUCCACUAGAGAAAAAAGUCGUUGCUCACGGGCUUACACUCUGCACAGAUAUCUUCAACAAAUUGUUAGAGGUAGAUGACGUUGUCGUCUUGAAUGAGUCGAAAAGCAUGGAAUUCAGAGCAAUGAGAGACAAUCAAGAGGGUGCCACUGUCUAUCUGUUUUGCACGAGUGAAAAGAACCCAAGUUUCACCACAGAUGAUGGAAUGGACAUCUGUGGUCGAGUUCACGUUGAUAUGCCAGAUACAUGUGGCGGGAAGGAACGCGCUAUCGAGAUUAAGUUUACUUUUGGUAAAACAGAGAUAGACGUCCAAGCCGAAGAUCUCACUUCUCAUUCCAGAGCGUUCACCACGAUAGAUUUUCUACACUCCUGAGCGAGCACUUUGACCAAACCUGGCAGAUUGAACUGAACCUGUGAUUGAAUGUAGAAUCAACUUACAUAACGUUUACACCAAAGUAUAAUGGCACACUGUUGUCGAAUUCGUCUAAUUUGUUUCGUCAGCGAAGUGGCCAUUGACAGAUCAAGAUUUUUAUCCUGUAU